UUCAAGUGACUGCCAGUCUGACAUUGGACAUAAAGCCAGAUUCCGAGACAAUAAACUUUUCCUGAGAAAAUUGGACUGGGCGAUCAAUAUCAGUGUGUUGGUUUCCAUGUGUGAUGUGUAGUAGGUCUAUAGAACGUAAACCAGCCUCUAGCAUUAUAUGACUGAUCUUGGAAACAAUGGAUGACGCUACACACUAGCAACGAGUCAUGUUACAGAUGCAUAUAGAAAUCAUUGUUCGUACGACUUCAGGUGGCUUGUAGAAGAAUGUGGAUGGUUUAUCAUGUGUUUAAGAUGAAAUGACUGUUGUAAGGAUGGCCUAAAGUCAUUAAGUUUGUCUUAACAGGGAGUUUAACUGUCCCUCCAUCUUGUUUCACAGUAAAUCGUUUUCUUGGCCUGGAGCAUGCACACAUCAAACCUGAGUGAAAGUACUUAGAUUAUCAAGGAUGGCAACUUGUUGAGUUCACUAGCAACAGAGAUUUAACACAGUUAUCUCUAGGAUAUACUUUGGAAAGAAAAGGGUGUAUAUGGUGUAUCAAAUUUUGUGACAAAUAUGUAAAGUAUGACUAAAUAUCGUGGGAGUUUCAGUGAUGUGAAAAUAAGUUCUUGAUAGGAUUAUACAUUUUCGUCCAUGAAUAAGCUUUUCCAGAUUGUCAGGAAUCAAAUAUGCGUCAUGUGAUACAUGUGUAAACUUAUAAAGUGAUUGAAAGUGUGCGGUUGAAUAUUUAAGUAUAGAAUAGAUUAAUAGAUUACUAGUUGAGAAGUUGACUACUAACCAGAUUAUUAUGUGGAAAGUGUGCUUUAUAACUUGUGUUUUGCUGGGAUUACAUACAACCCCAGGUAAUCAAGCACAGGUUUUGCUUGAUAAAUGUGAAAAACUACAUAAAUGUCAAUUAACGGCAGGAACAGAAACAUUUCAGCAAGAUCCUUGUCCAGAAACCUCCAAAUACCUCGAAGUUCAUUACCAAUGUAGGCCAAAUGAAUUUACAAGUGAAUCAGUAUGUGAAGAUGAGGUGAUGAAUUUAUGGUGCAAAAGGUCAACAAGGAUAGCUAUCUAUUCAGCCAUGUUUGGUCGAACACCAAAUGAUACAAGUCUGUGUGAAUCGAAUACACAAGGAUACAUUAAUUGUAAAGCUGAGAAAGUUGUUCAAGAAGUUACCAGCUUAUGUCAUGGACGUAAACAGUGUUCUAUAGAGGCAGCAGAAAAUAAAUUUGGAAAUCCUUGUUCUCCAGGAAUCAAAAAAUAUCUUAAUGUUACUUAUUUAUGUGUUCCAAAGAACCUUUUAAAGAAAUUACGCAGGCGGCACAAGAAGAAAAAGAAAAAUAAAAAGGAUAAAAUAACUACUACAGCAAGUUCACCAGAUAAAAUAUUUACAAAACCCAUUCCAAAACCGUCCAUUACUACCACUCCUUAUAUAUACCAAAAACCAGCAGAACCGACGGCGGAGUUGGUACCAGCAGGUAACACUACUACAUAUGCAGCAAAACCUGAUAAUAAUAGACCAAAUCCUACCCAUCAUAUAACAUAUACUAAAGACAGUAAUAAUAAUAAUAAUAAAAAAGAUCAACAAGAAGUUGGAGGUGAAACUGUACCAACCAUCAUCUGUAUGAACGAAACCGCAAACGUGGCGGUAGGAAAUCAACGAGAUGCCCCUGUGGGCUUUUUACAAGAUCUAUUUAAUGCCUGGUAUUUCUUGAAAGGAAAUCAAGAGAAGGCUAUAUUAUAUUUUGUGAUAGGUGUCAGUUUUGGUAUUAUAGUUUUACUAACAGUUAUGUUAAUCAAAAUAGGAGCAGACUAUAAACGAAAUAUGCGUGCAAAGUUAGAUGUGACUGAACCAACACAUAGUCAUAAUAUGGGACAUAAUCAUAACUCUUUAGAAACACCCAUGUUAGAUGGUUCCGAUUCUUUAGAUAGAAUUGAGGUUGUGAGAUUUAGUCCGCGAGGAACACUGCGUAAUAACGACCCCGGAAAUCGUAGUUUGAGUAAUUAUUAUGGUUGAAAUUAAAGAUGUUUGUUUAUUUGUUUGUUGUGUCAAACAUUUUGUGUACCUCAAAAAGGACAACAAAAAAAAAACCCACACUAAACAAAAAAGUGCCAUUUAUCUACAACAUCAAAUAAGAGGAAAAAUUCUAAUGAAAUUGUGUUCCAGUUACUUUCAGAACAUCAAAUAAAAAAAUCAUGUUUUGGAAAUUUCUAAUGGAUACAUAAAGGAUUACGAGAAUGAAUUUCUAAGUGGUAAUGUGAAUUCAAGAUGGAUGAUUCAAAUAAUGAUUACAAAUUGUUCAAUAUACAUGUACUUACUCCAUACCAUACAUGUAGCUCAGAAUUUUAUAAUGUCAGAUAUUGUUUUCAUUGUUUUAUCUCAGGAAGUUUUAUGUUAUGGAAUAAUAUUUAUAUAUAAUGUAAACAUAUAUAAAUUAAAUUUAUAAUUUUGAUAUUUGUAAUACAUCAUAAAUUCAUCAUAGAUAGUGACGGCUUAUUUCUCAAUAACUUAAAAUAUCCAUGAUUAGUUCCUAGUCAAUACUAGAAAUCAAAUGUCAGAUCAUCAGACAAUUAGGCCAGAAGCAUAAGAAUUUAACCGUGAAUAAUGGCGCUGGUGAGCAUGAUUGUUCUGCAGGCAUGGAAAUAAUGAUUUUUUUUGUAUCUGACCAAAUGUCAGGCACUGUUGAAAUUUUUGUCAGACAUAUAUUAAAAACAUUUAUAAAAACACAGAAAAAAGACAAAUCAGACAGACAAAAUGACAGGCACUAGAUGAUUGGUACCUGUUAAAGCCUGCCUGUAUAUAGUAUAGACAUUGUCAGUCAGUGAUAGGUGUCUUAUUUCCACGCUUGUUGUUCUGUUGGUUUUGGCUGUGGAGUAAAAGUGGGUACAGAUUGUUAUAUUAAGGUUAUUUCUUUCAAUAAUGGAUUCUAACUUACUCAAAUGUUAUCGAGAAAUAAGAAUAGUUUGUAUAAAUAUAUGAUAAUUUAUAACUAUUGAAAAGUGCUGAAUAAGUUCAUUAUCUUAUUACAUAUAAUAAUCAUUGUGUUCAUUUUAUUAUUCACCUUUUUUGGUUUAUUAAUUAUGUAAAAUCAUUGUACAUAGAUAUUUAUUUGCUAUUAAAAAUGUUCUGUUAUAUUUGUUAAUAAUUAAAUAUUCUGUUUUGCUGCUAACCACAGUUGUUAAAUUCAUGAAAGUAAAAGCUCUUUUAAUUUCCCUUUUUUAAAACAUUAAAUUAUUGCUUCUGUGUGAGGGCUCUGGCUUCAGUCAUAUUUGCCUGUGAGUCUUUAUAAGCUGGAUAACUUAACUGUCAAGUCAAUUUACAUGCCAUGAAAUUUAAAUUUUUAAAAAUAUAGUCUUUAAAACACAAUAAAACAUUUAAAUUUAUAUUUUUAAGUGGAAAAAUACUUAAAAAUAAAUGAAAAAAAUUGAAAAAAAGUAUCUUGCUAAUUUGAGGAAACAAAACACUGAUCACAUAUCAGAGUUGACUGGCUAUCAAUAUUUUGGAGUGAAAUCCAUGUUCUUUAUACUCCAAAUUUAGGAGAAUUAUUUAAUUUAACCAUUGAGAAUUUUCUUACUGUUGAGCUAUGGAUCAAGUCGUUUUCUUACUGUUUUAUAUGAUUUGUAUGUGUACUCAUGUUUAUACAUCAUUGUUUUUGUCCUGUAAAUAAUUAAAUAUUUAUUUGAUAUUGUUUUGUUUUAUAAAAACAACCAAAAAUAUCAUUAUUCAAUCUAUGGUAUGAUUUCUUUUUAUACGCCCACAUUUUAAUGUGAAUCCAAAUAUAUAAAGAGAGAGGAAUCCAAAACCAUUUGAAUAACAUAAACUUAGAUGGGAUCUAAGUCAUAAUAAACUUGAUACAGUGACACCAGUAGUAGGAGUGGUUAAGUCAUGGGUAUCACAAAACCAUCUUUUAUAGUAUCUAACGUUUUGUAAGUCUAAAAACCUACUUCUUCAGAGAAUACAAGCUACACAAAUGAUACAGUUGCAGUACAAGGUUAGUCAUGGUAACAAGUGAUGUCAUAAUGUUAAUAUGCUAUGACGUCAUAUUAACAUUAUGACAUUUUAAUGUGGACGUAUUAUGCCAUUGCCCCUGUCCCUGCCAUCCACAAUUUGUUUGUGGACAUUCUACAGGUCACAUUUUUUUAUCCAAUUUUGACAAAACUUGAAAUAUAGGUCUAUCUAACAAAGAUCUUGGUUCCGUUCGAUAUUGUCAUGUAUCGGAUCAUAAAUUCAUGGAUUAUGGACCCUGAUUGUACGAAAAAUCACAUUUUUAGCUUGUGGACACUCUAGAGGUUACAAUUUUCGUCUGAUUUUGAUGAUAUAACCCAAAGAUCUUGAUUCCUGUGCAUAUCAGAUUCUAACUUCCUGAAUUAUGGCCCCUGAUUGUACGAAAAAUCACGUCUUUAGCUUGUGGUCCCACUGCGGUCACAAUUUUUAUCCGAUUUAAAGAACCGUUGGAAUAUAUCACUGUUACACCAUAAUGUCAGUUAAGUUCGAAUUUCGUGAAAAUCAGACCGAAUGGUCACUCCUUGUACACAAAUAGUGUAAAAGUAUGUAAUACCAAGGUUGUGGACCCUCUAGAAGUCACAAUUGUUAUCAAAUUUUCAUGGAACUUGAAAUGCAUUCUUAUAACCCAAAGAUCUUGGUUCCGGUCGAUAUUUGUGCAUAUCAGACUGUAAUUUCCUGGAUUAUGGCUCUUGAUUUUACGAAAAAUCGUAUAUUUUUGCUAGUGGAUUCUCUAGAGGUCUCAAUUUUUAUCCCAUUUUAAAAACUGUUUAAAUAUAUCACAAUUCCACCAUAAUGAUUGUACGAAAAAUCUCUUUUGUUUUUAGCUUGUUCUCUAUCCAUCUCUUGCAAAAUGUGGACGUGUUUAAAUCAAGUUAUUAAAUGGCAAUCCUAUGCUCUAGAGAGUUGAUUAUGGGCUUCUUGGCUGAAUAAAUGUCUAAUUAAUAAUCUAUGUAACAUUUGAGGCCCCUGCAAUACAGUAUAUAGAUUUAGCUCUUACUUAAGACAUCUUUCAGAAUAAAGAUUUUAAGAUAGAUGGUCAUAUAAGAAUGAAAAUGGCAUGUAGUAUAUAGGGCAAUAAGAAUAGUAUUAACAGGAGUAUAAUGUAUUGAUAAUAGUCAUAUAGAAGUAUAUAUGACACAAUGACAUUUUAAGAAAAUGUAGUUAGUAUAUAGUACUGUUGUGAGAAUGAAUAUAAAUAGUUCUCUUCAAGAACUGUUGUUCUCUAAUCCUUGAAAGCCAGAUGAGGUCAGUUUCCUGGUUGUCUUGACAAUAUACUAAGUUGAUUUACCAGAAACAAAGUUCAAGGUAGGGAAAUUAUGAUCUGACUAGGGUCAUGAGGAACUUAAAAUUAUACAUGGACAUGAUAAAGCAUGAAAUUAUUGAGUGAAUAGGAUUUGUUCUAAAAUCUGUGAAUGAAGAAAGGCCCUCAUACUUAAUGAACUUUGACAUAUGUUGAAAUGCAUUGUUUGAAAUAAUUUCAAAAAGUAAGACAUAAAAAGCUUUAGAUGAGAAGCUGUAGUACAUCGAGAAAAGAUGCAUAAUAUAUCUCUAUAUGACUGAUUACUCAUUUGAUCUAGCAUUUUAGUACAUGACCAUUUUAUUUUUGUACCCUGCCUUUCAAAGAAAGCAGGGGAAUAUUAAAAUGGUUCUGUCCGUCUGUCCGUCACACAAUAACUCUCCUUCUGAUUGAGCUAGAAUGUUCAAACUUGGUGUAGGUAUAUAUUAUGAUAAUAUCUUGAUGGAGUUCGAAGAUAAGCAUUUUCUGCUUAGGGUAAGCAGAGAUCAACAAUUUGAUUGGUUGAUGCUGUGGGACACGAUAACUUUAGUUCUAAUUAAGUGAGAGUAAUGAAACUUGGUGUAUAAUUUCAUUAUAUCAAUACCUUGUCUGAGUUCAAUAAUGAACAUUUUCUGCUCAGGGUAAGCAGAGUGAUAAGCAAUUUGAUUGGUCGAGACUUUGGAAGACACUAACUCUCCUUUUAAUUGAGGUAGAAUGUUCAAACUUGGUAUAGGCAUUCAUUAGGUGAAUGCCUUGAUGGAGUUCAAGGAUGAGCAUUUUCUGCUUAGGGUAACUUAAGUUCUAAUAAAGUGAGAGUGAUGAAACAUGGUGUAUAGUUUCAUUACAUCAAUACCUUGACUAAGUUGAAUAAUGAGCAUUCUCUGCUCAGGGUAAGCAGAUCGAUAAGCAAUUUAAAUAGUCGAGACUUUAGAACACAAUAACUCGCCUUCUGAUUGAGGUAGAAUGUUUAAACUUGAUGUAGAUGUUUAUUUUGUGCAUGUCUUGACUGAGUUCAAUGAUUAAAAUUUCCCAUUAAAGAUAAGCACAGCUAAGCAAUUUCAUAAAUUUGAUUCUAACCGAUGGAGUUUUAUGAAACUUAGUGUACAGUUUCACUACCAGGUACUUGAAAACCUGACUGAGUUUGAUGUUAUCAUUUUAGGCUUAGAUUAGGCAUAGAUAAUCAGUUUAAUUGCUUAAUAGUUUUGAAAAAGAUAAAUGUGAAAUUAAUCAAUAUCUGUCAUCUAUUUAUUUUGGGAAUUCGGUGGGGGACAUCAGCCUCACUGUUGGCGUUGGCUUGUUAUACAUUUAUAUUAGAACCAUAUACAGUUUGACCACAUACUGCAUGCUCUAUAUCAGCACAUGAAUGGAAUAGGCCAUUGUGUUGCUGAUAUUUGUAAUUAUUACUAGACAGAAUUUAAAAAAAAUAAUUGAAUCUUGUUAUUUGAUUUGUUUUUAUUCGCUCUAGAUUUAUGUAGAAAACUUUCUUUGGAUUCAAUCCUCUGCCAAUUAUGAAGCAUGUGGUCAUACUAUAUAUAAAGUUCAUGAUAUUUAAGAUUAUAAUAUGAAAGGUUGUUUUUGUCUUGUAAAACGAUUCAUACAUAAUAAAAUGUAUAGUGGGUUAUAAAAGUAACUCAUUCCAUAUAAGCUUUUAAUAGAAUUUUUGAAAACAAAAUUUAUAUCCUUGAUAUAACAUAUAAAUUAUUUUUUAACUGAUUUGUGUUUAUCAAUUUUGAAUAAAGCAUAAUAAUUUGGAAACCUAUUGUAAUAUAAAAUUAUUUGUGUAAAGAAGCAGUCACAGAUUUUAAAGGGUAUUCAUUGAUAAAUCUGAAAGUUUCAAAUCCCAAAACUGAACAUUUGAUAAUCACGCCACUUAUGCAGCAUGGAAUUUCUCGACUUAUUGCAAACUCCAUAUGAAAACUGAAAGUUUGUAUUUCUUAGAAAAUGUAUCACAGAGCUUCAGACUAGGAUAAAUGUAUAAAAAAAAUUGCAAUAGAAAAAAACAUUGAAUUUUUACUCUGCUUCUUAAUAUGUUACAUAAUUUUAACAAUACCUGAUCAUAAACAACCUUUAAAGGUCACCAGAUAGGCCUCAUAAUUUUUUUAAAUAAUACAAGGAAUUAUGUCAACAUAUCCUUUCCAUAAGUAUAACACGAUCCUGAAUGUCAGUGUUACCUGCCACAGGUAAAUUUCUACAGGUAGAUUUCUGCCGUUCUCCAUGAGUAGUCGUAACUUUCUGCCAAUAAACAAUCUGUGAUGUCAUUUAGUCCUUCUGCUCAUAUUCUAGUCUUUUUUAAUUCUAUAAGCAGAAGGACUAAAGUGACGUCAUGGCUUGUGUAUUGGCGAAAAGUUACGACUACUCACAGAGAAUGGUGGAAAUCGACCUGUGGAAAUUUACCUGUGGCAGGUAACAUUGACAUUCGGGAUCAUGUAAUACUUAUGGAAAGGAUAUGUUGACAUAAUUACUUGCAUUAUUUAAAAAAAUUAUGAAGCUUUUCCAGUGACCUUUAAAUGCUUUAUUUUAUUUAUAUGCUGUUGAUUUCAUUUUUUACUUUGGGUCACUUUUAAACCUGGAGUUCUCGAAGCCAGAGAUCUAAGCUCAUUUUAGACUGUCUUUAAAUUUAAUGAAAAGUAUUUUAAUUUUAUUUUUCUACGUUUUAACUUUUAAAAAAAAGAAUUCUGUGUUUUCUUUCCAGCUAAUUGUAAAUACAGUUGUUGACAUGUAUGUUGCUGUCUGUUAUAUUUGUGAUUGACAUGUAUAAAUUAUGUAAAUAUUAUUAGAACUGCCAAAAUGUGUAGUCAGUUUCUUGUAUCUGUAGAACAGAACCGACUAUUAUUAUGGUUGAACUUGUUGUUACAAUUACUAGGACUCUUAAUUUAUUACUGACUUCUAAGAUACACAUAAUUUAUGGAAAUGAUUGGGCUGAAGACAGCCAUACACCACACAGUGUGCUAUGAGGGACAUCUUGCCUGGUCAGCUCUUAUUUCGAAUUCCAACUGUCAAGGAUUCUUUUAUGUGCAUGCCAAUACUUACAUGGGAUCUUGGUUUUGCGUCCAUCCACACGACUAGAUGCUGUUCUUUGCUAGGCCCUUUGUCCAGCAUCACUGACAAAGGGAAACCAUGUAGGAAAAUCUGGUCGACUUACUCAAUGAGCCACCAUGGCUCCCCUUAAUAAAAGGAUUUUAAAUUGAAUACAUAUAUCUGCUUUGUUAAUAUUUUGAUACGAUUAUGUGAAUAUGUAUAUUUAAACAUUGAGCAUAUUCAUCAACAAGCUUAAAGAUGGCCUGACUACUUUCUACUGCUUUUUUUUGUGAUGUUCAUUAAAACCAUUCUCUAAAUAAACAAGUUCAUGUACAUGGAAUUACCACUUGAUUAUUUGCUACUGUUUUUAUUAUUGUAUAUUUGUAAAUAUUAAUGAAUUUUAAUAAAUGUAAUAAAUGUAA